ACGUUGCUCGUUGAGUUAGCUGACAGUUACCGUUAGCUCACUGUUAGCUAACUGAACGGAUAAUGUUACGUUACUGCUUGACUGUUUGAUAUACUUCCACCGGUAUUAGAAAGGAAACCGUAAAUUACUCAGUUUUCAUACCCGUACCUUCCCAACGGGAGUUUGUCUUAUAAUAACUGCUUCGCCGUCAUCUUAGCUAACGUUAAGUUAACGUUAAGUUAGCUGCUCCGUCUGCACAGCUAGCCAGCUGUUGACGUCAGUUAGCUAAAGUUUGUCCCUCUCUGUCACGCUCCUCGGUUGCGUUCUGUUGAGACCGAUUUGAUCGACGUGUUCAAAAAAGAAGAAGUCAUGCAGCCGUAACCUCAUUUAACGUCUUAUCACACAGUCCCUUGUGAUGGAGGUUGUUACCUAGGAAACACCGGUCGUCCUUAUCGUAUGCACGGUGGCGUCUGUACGAGAGAGCAGUGGGUGAGAUGCAGCCAGCCAGCAUCUCCUAUGGCAAAGAGACCAAACCUGCCACUGAUGAGCAGGAGGAGGGAACUCGAGAAGCUGUGAUUAGAGAGGAGAGUGGGACACAAGAUGAGGAAUGUGUGAGGAUGAAUCCAGGUCAGGUGGAUGCAGUCGCCCUGGAUGUCCAACAAGAAACCACAGCGCCAGAAAUCUCUCAAGCAGGAUCAAACAGGAGGAGGAUGAAGAUGAAGAUGCGGAGGGAGAAGAAGAAAUUGAUGAAGAAACAGCUCAAGUCGGCUGAUACUGAUGCUUUAAUAUCGGAGCUUCCGUUCUCUCUGACCAGUCCCACUACAUUGAAAGAGCUUGAAUUCUCCAGCUUGAUCCAAAAAGAGAGAAAGAGGAAGAGAGGAGACCAUGGAGGGCGAGUUGACAGUGAAGAGGAUGCAGAGAUGAAAAAGAAGAAAGCGAGCCAACGCCCCAACUACUUUGUCUCCAUCCCCAUCACCAACACGCAGAUCAGUUCUGCCGUGAUGGAGAUCCAGGAGGCGGUGCUUCGGAAGGAGCCCCGAUUGGCCAAAGCCAUGUUGCCUGUCCCGACUCUCCACAUCACGCUAUUGGUCACUCAUCUCGCCGGUCAGGAGCAAGUAGACCUCGCGGCAACCGCGCUGGACCGGUCCGGGCCGCCACUGGCUGAGCUACUGGGUGGGCGGGACCUGGUGCUGCCCUUCUCGGGGAUCGGUCAUUUCAGGAAGGAGGUGGUGUUUGUCAGUUUGGCUCCCGGACUACACAGACACACACUGGACAGUGCGGCAGAGUUGCUGCGGAGCGAAUUUGAGGAGCAGGGUCUUCUGCAAGAAGGCAACCGUGGGUUUGAACCCCACCUCACCAUUAUGAAGCUGUCCAGAGCAUCAAAACUACGAUCCCAGGGUAUAAAGCGUGUGGACCCGGCCCUCUACUCCAGCUACACUAACAAGUUUUUUGGAGACCAGACGGUUGAGCGGCUGGAUCUUUGCUCUAUGUUGAAAAAGAAGCAACAAGAUGGAUAUUACCAUACUGAGAUGUCACUAAAACUUGGUGGGCGUCGCCGGUCUGAGCCCGACGAGGCGGAGCUCCUGAGGGUGAGCCGGCGAUUGGUCGAGGACGCCGUCAGUCGAGCCUUGCUGCAGUACAAACAAGAAAGUCUUCAAAAUGGGGGCGGGCCUAACGCCACGCCGCCGCAGCCCCCAGGAGACACUGAGGAACUCGCCACGAAGGCGGACACUACAGCUAACGCCGCCACAGCCAGCAGGAAGUGACAUCAUCGGCCUGAGGUACAGAGACCGACCGAGCAGCCGCCCAGAAAACAUCAGCCAGGGCGACGGGUCACUCGUCCCCCUGCUGACUAGCUAACGCGGCUAACGGAUAACGUAGCUCCAGUUCAGGCGAACAUCCCAACAGUAAACCCACUACAGCGAGCGGCGAGGACGCCGUCCCCUCGGCCGCUGUCCCUCCUGGAGACGCCAGAGGAUUCCCUUCGAUCUGCCAUUUAUAGAGUAACGUGCACUCAAUAAUAGAUGUUCCAAAAUCCUAAACUCUUUGAGACGAAGCAAAUCGUUUACUUUUCACGUGGCUUCAUCUACAAAUGGUGACUAAUCUACUCAAAGAGCUCGGAUGACGGACUGGAGAUGUGGGACUUUUGGCUGAUCCUGGGCUCACUUUUUCCCUUUUUACGCGAGGUGUCCGUGUGCAUCCCAAACCUCAUCGCUGUCUUCAUCAUCUGGCCUCUCAUACACUCAUUUAGAAUUAUUCUUUAAAUAACCUGAACGUGACAAUCACCAACUCAAGCAUGGAUUCUGUAUGAAUUGACGUUUUGUGGGAGCUGAUCAACGGCUUCCCUCCAUCACUUUACCUCAUCUCUGCUAAAGGCACUAACUAGAAUGAACUUGAGACACUUGAUUGGUGACGCUAAUGAUAAAAUAACACUCCAACAAAACACUACUAAGUUGCCAAAAAAGCAUUUUCGCUCCAUUAAUGUGGCAGGCUGUUAUUACUGCGAUUAUGCUCUGGCAUUCGUUGCAUAACUUCUGCUUCCUGCCUAAUCGUUUAUAAAUGAAUGAGAAAUGACAACUUUGUUUACGCUCUCUAUUCCGUGAUUGAUUGGAGGCGGCAGCACGCGUGAUCUAUUUUGUGUUGUAAUCAUCCAUAAAUGGCCUAGAGUUUCUACCGCAGCCCGUAGCCGUGCUGUUUGAGUCCACCGGGAGCGCUCAGCUUUUAUUUUGUAGUACCGUACACAGCCGAGCGGCGUCGGGCAGGUUCACCGCUGUCGGCUGAAAACACUCCGCCUCCUGAUUUCAGUGUCUUCCAUCCAUUUUCUCUUUUGUUGAGCUCGAAAAUGACGUUUGACCCCAAAGGGCAUGAAAUGUGUCCACAGGGGGAAUGAAGGUCUGACAGCAAGACAAUGAAAAGCAAUUGGUUCACUCUCACAUUAAAUGUUAUUUCAUCCUUUCGUGCUAUUAUGUUUGAUUUGUCGCUGUCCCUCCUAAAGAAACAGAUUGCAUGCGAAAAUGUUUUAUUUUGAAAUGAGAAAAAGAGUGUUUGCUUUAAAAGUUGAUAAAAGCACAAUGAUGAAUUUGCUCUUUUAAAAAAAAUUAUGUUUGCUUUCACCUUUUAAAGUAGUUAAUUUAAAUCCUCUCUGCUCAAAGUGGCCUUAAGUCACAAAAACAAAUGAAUAUUUCUUUUCUGUAACUGCUGUAUAACUUGAUUUUAAAGCCGGCUGUGAGGCUGCAGCUGAAAACCUGCAGCUGAAACGUCCGCCGGGAAACACAAUUCACCCGGGUCAUAAAAAUCAAUCCUGCCACGUGAGGUUUAACCUGCUUCUAGUGCAAACCGGUGUGAGCGGAACAGAUGUGGAGCAGAUGUGCGCCGAUCCCUGUGAGAGCCGCUCGGUGAGGCGUCGCCGACGGGGGAAUUGUGUCUCCAGGUGGACGUUGGCGUUGUGAUCUUUUACUGUCACCGGAUCCUUAAUCUCCUUAACGUCCCCUUUAAUAGACCGACUGUCCUCUGUGUGUGUGUGUGUGUGUGUGUGUGUGUGUGUGUGUGUGUGUGUGUGUGUGUGUGUGUGUGUGUGUGUGUGUGUGUGUGUGUGUGUGUGUGUGUGUGUGUGUGUGUGUGUGUGUUCGUUCUCCAACGUCUGUACAAAUGAGUCUUUUCUGUUGGUCUUUCCAUCUGUCCCUGGUUGGGGGGGUGUUAUUGUACCGUGUUCUAUAUCUCUCUGCUAUAUUUGAACAAUAAAACAGGAUAUGAGAUUCUAAACCAA